AUGCCUGCACAACAUAAUAAUGGUCACCCACCAUUGGGUCCAAAAGUUACGGAUAUGAGUGAUGAAACCAUUACUGAAAAUACAAUUUUAGUCAAUUCACAACAUAAAAACAUGAGAUUAUUAUUUAUUUUACAAAAACUAGUUCAACAUUUACAUGAUUUCGCAAAAGAAACAAGAUUAACUACUGAAGAAUGGGGUGAAGGUAUAAAAUUUUUGACAGAAUGUGGUAAAAUGUGCAGUGAUAUAAGACAAGAAUUUGUAUUAUUAUCUGAUGUGUUGGGGUUGUCAGUAUUAGUUGAUUCUAUAUCACAUCCAAAACCUGCUAAUGCUACAGUUGGUACUUUGUUAGGUCCUUUUCAUACUCACGAUGCUGAAGUUAUUCACGAGGGAGAUUCAAUAUGUUCUGAAGGUAAAGGUGAACCAUUAUUAAUCGAAGGCUUAUUAACUGAUCCAGAAGGUAAACCAAUUGCUGAUGCAACUGUUGAUAUUUGGCAUUGUGAUGCAAAUGGGUUUUAUGAUACCCAAUAUACAAAUAGAGAAGGUCCAGAUAUGAGAGGUAUUGUUACAACAGCUGAUGAUGGUUCAUUCAUGAUUAAAUGUACAAGACCAGUAGCAUAUCCAAUUCCUCAUGAUGGACCAGUUGGUAAAUUAUUAAAAACAAUAAACAGACAUCCUUAUAGACCUGCUCAUUUACAUUUUAUAAUUGAGAAACCAGGUUACGAUCAAUUAAUUACUGCUUUGUAUGCAAAGGGGGAUCCUUAUGAAACUUCAGAUGCUGUUUUUGGUGUUAAAUCUCCAUUAUUAUUCGAACUAGAUAAAUUAGGCGAGGAAAAAGCUAAAAAAUACGAUAUGAAUCCAAAUGAUUGGUAUUUGAAAUGGCACUUUAAAAUAAUAACUGAAGAAGAAUCAAAAAAAUUGGUUAUUAAAAAAAAUACUGAGGCGAUCAAAAAUAGUGGCGAAAAUUUGGUGCUUAAUUCUAAUGGUUUACCUGAAGCAGCACCUUUGGAUUAA